AUGGCGGCAUCCGCGGCGCCGUCGCCGCGGUGGCUGUGUCAGAGGUGCGGCACGCGGCUCGAGGUCACCGGGCUCGACGGCCUCGCGCUUGGCGCGUCCUCGCUCAGCCAAUCAGCGGCGGAUGCGCUGGGCGCGUCGCGAUGCGGCGCGCAGCACGCCGCCGCGAAUUCCGUGUCAAUGCUGGAUCAGUCGUUCGUCGUCCUGCCGCCCAACUCCUCCGCGUUUCACGGCGCGUCUUACGGCACCCCUCACGCGCCUCGUCAUGGAGCCGCUGGUGGGGCGAUCCGACCGUCAAUUAAUCCCGCGAUCAGUGCUCCGCCGUUGAUUCCACGUCCCCCUACAGGCAGUCCCGUUACCGCGAGUCCUGGUGCUGUUCCUGCCGCGUCUGUCGCCGUCUCUCCCGCUGCGGGCUCAGCUGGUGCAUCAAACCCAUCGUCCAUCCCAGAAGAGCAGCAGCCUCAGCCGCAGGAUCAGACCCAAGAGCAUCCCCAGCAGAGGUCAUCAACGGCUGAGAUUCAGUCUCAGAGUUGGUCUCAACUUCAGCGCCCCCCGCGCGUCUGGACAAGUCGUUUGUGGUGCUACCUGGCUCGGCUGCUUUUGGUAGUACCCAUCACCUCUGCCUCUUACACGCCUUGUGUUCUCGCCUACCUCUCCUUUGCUCCUCCCUCUCGCUUCCCCCGUUCCGCCCCUCCAGCGCCCCCCGCCCGUCUGGACGAGUCUUUUGUGGUGCUACCCGGCUCGGCUGCUUCUCUCUACGCCCCUCCUCCUGCCCUCCCCCACGCGCCCUCCUCCUCCUCCUCGCACGCCCGCCCCUCUCCCCACACCCACCCCUUCCCCCUUCCUCCCACCAUGUCCGGUGCUGCUGCUAACGCACCUGCACCUGCUGCUAUCCCUCCUUCCUCACCCGCUGCUGCUGCCACCGCUGCUGGUGCCGCUCGCACUGGCGUCUCUGCGAGUUCUGCAUCUCCCUUGUUGUCACAGGGAGGGGUGGCAGCAGCCGUAGCCGUGACUGCAGCAGCUGCUGCUGCUGGUGCUGGUUCUGGUGCUGGUGCUGCUGGUGCUGCUGGUGCUGCUGCUCCGUCCUCUGUCUCUCAAUGCUACCGAGGCGAGGGCACAGGUUCAGAACAGGUGCUGCCUGAGAAUGUGACGGUGGGAAUCGGUUCAAAAGGGUUUGUUGCUGAUGCGGAGAGAGGGAGAGGAGGGAGUGAGGAAAAAGAAAGGAGGGGAAACGUGGAGGAGGAAAGGAGAGAGAGCGAGGAGCGGGAGGGUGAAAGAGGGGAUGGUAUGAGAGGAGGGCCGGAGAGAGGAGGCGAUAGAGAGGAGGAUCAAAAUGAUGCUGAGGGUGACGAUAGCGAAAGUGGAGAGCAGCAACAGCAGCAGCAAGAACAACAACAGAAACAGCAGCAGCAGCAGCAGCAGCAAUUCAAAGAGAGAGGCAGUGAGAGGGGGGCAAGGGAGGUGCAGGCAGGGGGGGGUGGCCUGGCGGGGCAGAUAGAGGCGGUGGAUCGAGUGUUUGACCUGGUGGCUCUGAGGACCAAGGUGGAGAUGCCCCUCUGCUGCCACUGCGCCCACCACGUCUGUCGCGAAAUUGAUGCUCAGGUGCAGUGCGGUGGAGUGCGGUGCAGGGUGGUGGGGUACGGUGCGAUUGCAUGUGGUGCGGUGCGGUGGGGUGGGGUGCGGUGGGGUAAGACGUGGUCUGUUGCGGUGAGGGAGGCAGAGGAAGAAAUAGCAGCGUACGAAGCAGCACUGCAAUCCAUCCUUGCCUCCGCCCCCUCCCCCUCGGCCGCCGCACACCACCCCUUCUCGGUCAACCAUGCGAGUCCUCUGUUCGCGCCCACUGCCGCUGGGGCUCCCAUGGGAGAGGACGCGUUCAGGCACCACAUGGCCGAGGUGGAAGAGGAGGAGAGGCGGCUACAGCAGGAGGCGGAGGAGCUGGAGCAGCAGAGGGCGCAGCUGCGGGCGCAACUGGGGGAGGUGGAGGCGGAGCAGGCUGAGCUGGAUGCUGCUGUCGAGAGGUACUGGCACGAGUUCAACGAGUUCCAGUACCAAGUGUCCGUGCACCAGGAGGCGAGGGAUGGGCUACUGGCGUCCAUAGAGGUGGCAGCAGCGCAGUCAGAUGCGUUGAGGCGCAGCUUUGUGCUCAACGACGCAUUCCACAUCUGGCAUGACGGGGACUUCGGCACCAUCAACAACCUGCGCCUCGGCCGCCUGCCAUCCGUGCCCGUGGAGUGGGAGGAGCUGAACGCGGCAUGGGGGCAGGCGUGUCAUUUGCUCUUCACACUCGCCCGCAUUGCCAACUGCCCCGUCGCGCAUCGCAUCAUCCCCAUGGGAAGCUUUCCUCGAGUCUCUGACGGCCAUAACCAGUUUGAGCUCUUCGGCCCAGUGAAUCUGUUUUGGAGCACUCGUUACGACCGGGCAAUGCUGCUCUUCCUGCACGCCCUCACGGAGUUUGCCGCCUUUGCCAAUGCACACGACCGUGCCAACCACCUCCCGCCUGAAAAGUCCUUCCAGCUGCCCUACAAGAUCGAGGGGGACAAGAUCCAAGGGCUGACGGUGAAGCAGAGUUUCAACCGGGAGGAGCGGUGGACCAAGGCACUCAAGUACCUGCUGUGCGACCUCAAAUGGGCGCUCGUGUGGACCAUGACCAACUUCCACCCACCACUGCCCACGCCGCCACCUGCUAUCCUGAACCUAGUUACACACCUUGACCAGAACAGCGCACCCUAG